ACCCACAUUUUCUGAUUUAAAAUUCGUCUGACAUUUUUUUUUGUCUUAACACGUGUUUUUGUGAUUGUUUAGUAAUUUUACAAUAAUAAUGACUAAAAAAUCGUUGAAAAGAAAAAGAGAAGCUAAAGAAGAAAAUGAAGUGCAAAAUGAAAUUGAAGAAUUACCACCAGCAAAGCGAAUGUCAGAUGAACCUACUCCGAAAAAGACAAAAUGGAUAAAUAGACAACGAGUUUUAGUAUUCGCUUCUCGAGGAAUUGGCUUUAGACAUCGACAUUUAAUGGAUGAUAUUAAAAAAUUAAUGCCACACCAUCGAACAGAGGCAAAAAUGGAGAAAACGAAAAAUUUGCAAGUUAUUAAUGAAAUGUGCGAAAUGAAGAAUUGUAAUAAGACAAUUCUUUUUGAAGGCCGACAAAAAAGAGAUCUGUACAUGUGGUUCUCUAAUGUUCCCGAUGGUCCCUGUGCUAAGUUUCUAGUUGAAAAUAUCUACACAAUGGGAGAAUUGAAAAUGACUGGAAAUUGUUUGAAAGGAUCACGUCCUUUGCUCUCCUUCGAUGAGAAUUUCAGUAAAAAACCACAGUUUGCACUUUUAAAGGAACUCUUAACACAAAUAUUCGGUGUGCCCAAUCAACAUCCAAAAAGUCAACCGUUCUUUGAUCAUGUUUAUACGUUUAGUAUCCUUGAUAAUAGGAUAUGGUUCAGAAAUUAUCAAAUUUUAACCGAAGACGGUGGAUUGGCAGAAAUAGGGCCACGUUUUGUUUUAAAUCCUGUGAAAAUAUUCUCCGAAAGUUUCGGCGGUGAGACACUUUGGAAUAAUCCCGAUUACAUUUCCCCUGCGAAGUUCCGUCAGGCUUUCAAGAAACGAGCAGCAGGAAAAUAUGAAAAUCGAAUAGAACAAAAAAUUAUUCAAAAGGCGAAUAAAAUGGAGAAGACGUAUGCUCUUAAUCCAACAGAUGAAAUUUUCAAAGGUGAUAUAUUGGCAAAGGCAACGGAAAUUGAAGAGGAGGAAAAUACAGGAGAGAAAACAAAAAUAACCCCGAAAAUUACUAAAAAAGUAAGAAAAUUCAAAAAGACCAAAAAGCCAGGUAAAUGAAUUAAGAUUUGUAAUAUAAAGACCACUUUUUUAUUUUAUAAUAAAAAAUCAAGUUUACAAUA